AUGCCUGAAACGAUAACAUCUAUAAAGAAGGAAAAUGAUGCUUUGAAGCGACAGAUUGAAUCACUACAGAAAGAUUUCAGCAAACUGCAAAUCAUGAUCGAAAGUAAAGAAUCACUGAAGCAAGACGGUGCAAGCAAAGAAACUAAAGCCCAAAUGCAUAGCUUCCAGACCAGCCUUGACUUCGUAAGCAAUGAGUACGAUACUCUAAAUGCUUUUCAAAUUGAAGCCAAGAAUGAAUUUAAAAAGUUGAACUCAAGAUUAACAGAAAUAGCCAUGAAAGUAAAUGAUGUCGGCGAUGCGCUCGACAAGAUACAACAGUAUAGUUAUCAGUAUAAUAUUACAAUAGCAGGUCUUCCUCAACAAGACGAAAGGGAAUCGGCAAAUCAAACCAGUUCUCUGUGUGUAAACCUCUUCCAAUCACUUGGAGUCGACGUUAAUUUUAAUGAUAUCGAUAUUGCACAUCGCGUUCGCAGCAGAAAAGAAGAUGGCAGACCAAGCCCGAUAAUUUGCAAAUUUGUCCGGUGCAAUUCCAAAGAGAUUGUUAUGAGGCAACGUAGGGAAACCAAUAAAGUCAAUCCGUCAGUCAGAAUUUUCGAUCAUCUAACUCCAAAGAACCAACAAAUUUUAUUUGAAGCAAAGGGAUUUAAAGCAAAGAACGGCUAUCAAUACUGCUGCACGAAGAACUCAGCUGUUUACCUAAGAAAGGAUGCUAAUUCUCAAGCUAUUAGAAUAAAUGAACUUCACUACCUUCUGAGAUUGCAGAAUUCAAACAUGUGCCUUCAAGCUAAGUAAAAUGAAAUGUUUGUCUUUCAAAGAUACUACAAUAGCCUAACUAAAGAUGCAUGGGAAUGAUAAAACAAAUAUCCAACUGUCUAUGUCACUAUUACGUGAACUGCCAUUUUAUAAUGUUAAUAAUUUAGUCCUAAGUCAA